GGCUUUUUUAUCCCCUACCAGAUGGGAAGGGGGAGAAGAGAGAAUGUCCGGGGUGGGAGCAGUCUUUGAUUCCCAAGCAGCAGGAAGGAACAAUCCCAGAGUCCGUGGAAUGUUGGAAGAUAAUAACCGGAAUACCUACCCCUCCCAAAACCUUGGGAUGUAGAUCAUCAGGACUUGUUUUCAGGUGUUGCAGGUGAUCACUGUGAGCCAGAUCCGCUCCUGAACCUGAAAGCAGAACCCCUGGGAACCUUCUUCCGUCAGGACAACUCCUUCAACAUCAUCUGCAAAUCUGGAUUCCUGCCCAUUAACUUCUCUGGUCUUAAGAGAGUCAAAUGUAUCAACGGACGCUGGUACGACAGUCAGCAAGCAACCGUCAGACUGCAGGACUUGCAGUGUCAGACACCGCCGACAUUCACCAAGAUGAGUGUUUCUGCCUCCGCGAACAGCAUCACCCUGCAGGGUAGCUUCAGCCAUUGUCCCAGGACCACCAGUGAUGCUCCCAAACUCAACGUCCAGCUCGACUGCACCUGGUCUCAGAGUUACUAUCCACGCUGUAAAUCUAGCAAGCCCAGCACCAGCGAAGUCUGGCCCCUCUGUAGCUUGAAUCUGUAUAACUUGACCUGCAAAAAUCUUCGGCCCUACGCCGAGUACUGCAUCCAACUCGCCAUCAUUUACUCUGCUCCCAGCUCACCUUCCGGAUUUGGUUCUCCGUACUUAGGCCAUGGAAGCAUACGUGAUACCAAAAUCAUGCGAAAUUUCUUGGUCCCAGUUCACACACCCUUGGUAAACACCCGCCAAGCAGUGCCAAUUAAACCCCGGUUGCUGGUCCUGGACAUGGACAAGCGGAAAAUUAAGUGGGAGUUACAGGAUCAAUGCAGCGGCCCAGUUCAUGGGUAUCAGUUGACCAUUGUUGGAUCAAGAUCCUACAACUCCUCGUUCUAUUUUGAAGAAGUGUUGACUUUGAAUGCCAGUACAUUGUCAGUAGAAGAUUAUAACUUUGAAUGUGCUACGACCUACAACAUCACUCUGCAAGCUCGCAACUUGGCGGGCCUUGGUGAAAAAUAUGAGUCAACAAGGCAUUCUUCUGCUAAAGACCCACCUGCUCCCAUUAUUCAAGGUUCGGUUUCAGACCUCACACACUCCAGCGCUGUUAUCCGAUUUACAUCAGUGUCAUCACCAUGCACAGCAGUCAAAUUUUACGAGGUCGUUGUCACAUUGACAAGGGAACGUGCAUGGCUGAGGACACAACUUGACACGACUUGUAGGAAUAGCCAACUGGGACCAUUCAACGCGAAGUAUCCUCUCUAUGACUACAUCAGUCUGCGGAUUCCGGCUGCCAAUGUCUCGGGAACAAUUGCAGUGACCAUUGGAGAUGGUCAGACCACUGGGAAUCUUUGGAACAGACCACUGGAGCCUGACAGAGGAUAUACAAUCUUGUUGCGAGUGGUCAGUGAGUGGAAGGGGGAAGUGAAGUUUGUAUGUGCACAAUAUGAACCGUUCUAUGUGUCGAGUGGAAAGGUCGCUAUAGCCGUUUCCACACUCCUGAUCAUUGUUCUGCUUUUCUUCCUGGUGGUCUUCCUGCUCUACAGGAGGAGGAAGCAGAGGCCUCAGGAGCCCAGAGAGAAGGUCUUCCGUCCUCUGAUUAGAAGCAAGUCAGUGGUGAACACUGAGAUCAGUGUGUGCAACCUCCUGAAAUUCCUCAUGAAGAUGCGGCUGCUGGACGAAGAAAGCGGCGAUGAGGAUGUGAAAGAUGAUGGGCUGACAAAGGAGUACAAAAAUUUGUCAAAUUACCCGUUACAUGCUUGCACCGUUGCAAAAGAACCCCACAACGCAAGCAAGAACCGAUUUCUCACCAUCUUACCAUAUGACAACUCCCGGGUGGUGCUGAAAGGCAACAGCGGCGACAAAGAUGGAUUCAUCAACGCCAGCUACGUCGACGGCUACAGGAAGCAGAACUAUUACAUCGCAACACAAGGGCCACUGACGGAGACCAUCACCGACUUCUGGCAGAUGGUGUGGCAGGAGAACUGCACCAUAAUUGUCAUGUUAACCAGGAUCAGUGAACAGGGCAAGUGUAAGUGUGAGCGAUACUGGCCAAAGGAGGCAAGCCAAACCUUCGGGGAGUUCACCAUCACCCGGGUCAGCGAGAAGAGCCCCAGCACAAAGGACUUCAGCAUCCGCACCCUCCAGCUGCACAAGGCUGGAUCCGCACCAGGGUCCUCCCGGCAGAUACAGCACUUCCACUACCUGCAGUGGCCGGAUCACGGCGUUCCCAGGAAUCCCAUCGGCAUCUACCGGCUGCUGAAGGCCAUCAAUCAAACAAACCGUCAUACAGGGCCCCUGGUGAUCCACUGCAGUGCUGGUGUGGGUCGUACAGGAACUUUCAUUGCCAUCGACUACCUGCUGAAGAUGGCAGAGGAGGAAAGCAAGGUGGACGUAUUCCAGUGUGUGGAUCGGAUGCGGUGCAAACGGCCGGGCAUGGUGCAGACCCAGGAGCAGUACCGAUUUAUCUAUUUGGUGCUUCUGGAGGCACAGCUGUUUGGGGACACGGCGAUUCCAGUGGUGCAGUUCCGAGAAUGUCUGAGCAGCCUGAUAGAGGGGCAGACAGGACGUCCGAGUAGCAGCUGCAAGAGGGAGUUUGAGACACUGCAAACCUACUCUCAGCUCUUCAAAUCGCAUCGACACACAGAGGCCCUGCGGUUAUGUAACAUCGCGAAGAACAGGUGCUCCCAAAUCUUGCCAGCGGAGCAUGUCCGGCCCAGCCUGCUCUCAGUGAAGAACCUGGAUGGCAGUGCAGGCUACAUCAAUGCAGUCUUCACAGAGCGCCACGGUCUGAGGGACCGCUUCAUCCUGACCCAGCUGCCACUGAUGCAGACGCUGGCUGACUUCUGGGCACUGGUGUACGACCAGAACUGCACCUGCGUGGUCAACCUGAGUCGUUUGACGGACCUCGACCAGACGUACGUGGCCUUCUGGCCGGAGGAAGGUGUUGCAAGCUAUGGCCCCUUCCUCGUGGAGAUGCAGUCAUACACCAUCCUCACGGACAUCACCGAGAGACACCUGGUUCUCCGCAAACAUGGCCAGAAAUUAGAGCGCGAGGUCAAAGUUCUCCAGCUGGACAGCUGGCCGAUGGGAGAGCCUGUCCCACAAUCCCCACAGCCAAUCAUUAGCAUUGACCAGCGAGUGCAAAUGUGGCAGAAACAGGGGGAGCAGUCACCGGUUCUCGUCACCUGCUGGGAUGGAGCUAGCCGCUGUGGCCUCUACUGCACCGCCAGCAACGUGUGUCAGCACAUCCGGCAGUACCAGCUGGUGGACAUCUUCCAUGCUGUGAAAACCACCCGCAGCAGCCGACCACAGGCCAUCGGCACACUGGAUCAAUACAGCUUCUGUUACUGGCUGGCACAGGUUUACCUGGAGACAGACGGGCACAUUUCCAACGCAGGCACUGGCUGUGCCCAGGAACAAGACAUCACCAACCAGGACAGUGAGGAUCUGCUCUGAUCAGUCACAGUUCACCCUGGUCACCCCUCACAGAGUGUUCCUUCAGUAGAUGUCCCCACCAGUGAUGGUCAGUGUUAGAGUGCAGCCUCUGCCUCAGUCCACCCCACCUUGUCAUGCUCCAUCUCAUUACUGGUACUUUCUGCCACAGGUCCCCUCCACCUCUCCCUCCUCCACAGGCCUCCUCCACAGGUCCCCUCCACCUCUCCCUCCCUUCCUCCCUCACAGCCCCCCCCUUGCCCUCUUGUCACUGAUGCCCGGGGUGUAGGGGGGUGGCUAUUGCCCUGCCAAUAUUCCUCAGAUAUUUGUCUGUCAGAUCUCCCUAAGCUUCUGCUGCUCCUGGGAGAACAGACCCAGCCUCUCUGGUCUCUCCUUGUAACUGAAAUGCUCCAUCCCAGGCACAUCCUGGUGAAUCUCUUCUGCACCCUCCGUAGAGCCCUACCACUCCCUGUGCAUCUCCGACCAUCAGCCCACCUAAAGUGCAUCACUUUGCACUCACCAGCAUUAAAUUACAUCUGCCAUCGCUCUGUUUGUUUUACUAACGGGCCUAUACCAUCCUCCCUAUCAACACCACCAGAUUUAUAUCAUCGGCCAACUUAUUAUUCAUAGCUCCCAUAUUCAUAUCUAAAACAAAUAAUAAGGUCCCUGUGACACAUCAUUGGUUACAGGCUUUGCAGGGAUAUACAGGGUCCAACACUGGAACACACACGGGGUGUACAGGGUCUGACACUGGGACACACACGGGGUAUACGGGAGACAGAAGUGGGACAUUGCCUUACCCAACCCCUGACCACUGUUCAGCCCUGACUUGUGGCGUUGGGACCUUACGGGCUUCCUUCACUCUGUCAGGGAGAGUUGGACAGUGGAGGAAGAGGAAGGGGCUGGGUCAAAGGAAAGUCCCCAGCACCUGUCACAACUAAUAGAUUUUCCUAACAUGCUUCACUGGAGAGACACCCACAGGUGGGUAAAGAUGGGGUUGUCUGUGGGACACCCAUGGAUGGGACGUGAAAGUGGGAGUGGCAGCUCCCCUACCCCCUCUGCCAUGGGUAUUAUUCUCUGACCCUGCUCCACUCACACAAAAUGAAUGUUUGUGAAUUUCCCUGAAUGUCAGUGUA